CAGACAGACCACGCCUGAAAAACCAGGGGCGUAGAAGGAAUUUAGACUUUUCCACCAGUGAAACGCAUCCCAACUCUUUUCCUCUUUUCACUGUGUCGACGCAGUCAGCCACCCGACCCGACAGAGGAGAAGAAAAAGGACUUGCAUAAUGGCUGGGGUGGCAUCAACGUUGGCCAAGAAGAGGGCUUUGGCCGCAGGAUUUGGCACUAAUGCCAAUGCGUCGAAGUACCUAAACCAAGACUUCGAGUCUCUCAGGAGCGAGUGUCUGAGUAGAGGUUCACUUUUCACGGAUGCCACUUUUCCAGCCGAACCUGCGUCCUUGGGAUUCAAUGAGCUCGGACCGAGAUCUUCCAAAACCAGAGGUGUGCAAUGGAAACGACCUGGGGAGCUGGUGUCCAGCCCAGAGUUCAUCGUUGGUGGAGCCUCGAGAACCGACAUCUGCCAAGGCGGCUUGGGUGACUGCUGGCUCCUGGCGGCCAUCGCCUCUCUGACCCUGAAUGAAGAUGUGAUGGCCCGGGUUGUUCCUGCAGGACAAGGCUUUGGACGUGGAGAGUACGCUGGGAUCUUUCACUUCCAGUUCUGGCAGUUUGGUGAGUGGGUGGACGUGGUGAUUGACGAUCGGCUGCCGGCGAAGGAUGGAGAGCUGUUGUUUGUUCACUCAGCGCAAGGAUCUGAGUUCUGGAGCGCCCUGCUGGAGAAGGCCUACGCCAAGGUGAAUGGAUGCUAUGAGGCUCUUUCAGGGGGCUCCACCACUGAGGGCUUUGAGGACUUUACAGGAGGGAUAGCAGAGAACUAUGACCUGAAGAAGGCUCCCUCCAACCUGUUCCAGAUCAUCAGGAAAGCCCUGGCCUCUGGAGCUCUGCUGGGCUGCUCCAUCGAUAUCACCAGCCAGGCAGACUCGGAGGCCAUCACCAAUCAGAAGCUGGUGAAAGGACACGCCUACUCUCUGACCGGGGCUAUCGAGGUGAACUACCGUGGCCGCAAGGAGAAGCUGGUCAGAGUGCGUAACCCCUGGGGAACAGUGGAGUGGACUGGGGCCUGGAGUGACAACUCCUCUGAGUGGAACAGCGUGGAUGUUUCUGAGCGGGACAACGUGAAGGCAGACGAUGGAGAGUUCUGGAUGUCCUUCUCUGACUUCACGAGGCACUACCAUCGUCUGGAGCUCUGCACUCUGACCCCUGACACACUGACCACUGAUGAUGUUAAACACUGGAGCGUGUCUAACUACGAUGGGGCCUGGAGGAAAGGAUCGACCGCAGGAGGAUGCAGGAACAACCCCUACACGUUCUGGAUGAAUCCCCAGUUCAAGAUCAAGCUGGAGGAAGAGGAUGACGACCCGGGGGAUGAUGAGGUGGGCUGUAGCUUCGUCGUGGGACUCAUCCAGAAGAACAGAAGACGGAUGAGGAAAGCAGGAGAGGACAUGCACACCAUCGGAUUCGCCAUCUAUGAGGUUCCAGAACAGUUCCACGGCCAGCGGGAGGUCCACCUGGAUAAGAACUACUUCCUGUCUCACGCCCAGACGGCUCGUUCGGAGACCUUCAUCAACCUGAGAGAGGUCAGCACCCGCUUCAAACUGCCCCCAGGAGAAUACCUCAUCGUCCCCUCCACCUUCGAGGCCAACCUGAACGGGGACUUCUGCCUACGAGUGUUCUCCGAGAAACAGGCCGAGACGCUGCCCUGUGACGACCCGGUUAAGGCAGAACUAGAAGAUGAUACAGUACCCGAGGGGGAGGUUGAUGCUGGCUUCAGGGGCCUGUUCACGAAGCUAGCUGGAGAUGAUAUGGAGAUUUCAGCAUCUGAGCUCAGGAGUAUUUUCAACAAAAUCGUUGCUAAGCGAACGGACAUAAAGACGGACGGCUUCAGCCUGGACACAGCCAGAAUCAUGGUCAACCUCAUGGACGACAGUGGUAACGGCAAACUGGGGCUGGGAGAAUUUGCAACACUGUGGAAGAAGAUUCAGAAAUACCUGUCCAUCUAUAAGAGCAAUGACAUGGAUGGGUCUGGCUGUAUGAGCACACCAGAGAUGAGGAUGGCCUUGAACAAAGCAGGUUUCAGCCUGAACAACACUCUCCACCAGGUUUUGGCAGCUCGGUAUGGAGAGGCCGACAUGACCAUUGACUUUGAUAACUUCGUGGCUUGCGUCAUGCGCCUGGAGAUGAUGUUCAAAGUCUUCAAGAAGCUUGACAUGGAUGACACCGGUUUCAUUGAAUUGGAUUUCUUCCAGUGGUUGUCAUUUUCCAUGAUCUAGAAGAUGGCAG